UGAAGUCACACACACUCAAGCACACACACUUCAGUCAUACAACUUGAAGUUUUCCUCCUAAACUUUACACACGUUGCUCUGCGCUGGGUGCGACAACAUGGCUCAGACCAAGUGGUGGAUUUUCUGCGCGCUCUCCCUCGCCUGCCUCGCUCAUUUGGGGUCUUCCAGAAGACACAGAAGACACAGAGACCAUGGAUCACAACCAAUCAUUUUCAACGAGCUGUGCGCCAUGAAGGCGGAUCCAGGGUCAUGCAGGGCCAUCAAGGACAGAUUUUUCUACAACGUGAGCACGACUCGCUGCGAGCAGUUCGAAUACGGCGGCUGCGGCGGCAACACCAACAACUUCGUAACGCUGCAGGAGUGCGAGGAAACGUGCGUCGUCUCAGAUGAGAAGAACCCGUGCCAUUUAGAAGAGGCUCCCGGUCCCUGUCGAGGGCUGCUGUCACGCUACAUGUUCGACAGCAAGAUUCGCCAGUGCCGCCGCUUCUAUUACGGCGGCUGCUUUGGCAAUGCCAACAAUUUCAGGAGCAUGGCCGAGUGCCAAGCCAAAUGUCAGAACCCAGGGCCCAGGGAUGUGGGAGGGGUCGUGGAGCCUCCAAACAUACCCAUGAAACUGGAGGAAAAGAAAGAAACGUCUUCAGCAGCACCGCAGGUCAGCACACGCGCUCCAAGAAGAUUCCAUUUUGUGCAGCCAGCUGUUGCCUCUGAGAAUCUGGCCGCUGCUAACGAACCGCUGGUGCAGCUGAACAACUCGCUCGGAGAUAACAACAGCCUCACUCCUGCAGACGUCUGUCUGAGUCCCGUAGAUCCAGGAGAUUCAGAUUGUGAUGGUCAGGUGAGACGCUACGCCUACGUCGAAAGCGCCAAGCGAUGCCUCUCGUUCGCGUACACGGGCUGCGGGGGGAACGAGAACAACUUCCGCUUCCGGAAACACUGCGUUCACAAGUGCGUCUUGCCCAGAAAAGGUUUUCAUCUCAGCAAGUCGAUGAUCCGAAUAAGGAAGAAGAACGUCAACAGCAUCGUGAACCCCGAUGCUUGAACCUCCGUUUCCUGCACUGGUGUCUCCUUAUGACCUCACUCAUAUCUAUUGUUUUACUGUGCUUUGAUUUAUUUUAUUUUAUUUUAAAGUUUUCCUUCAAAUAAAACAUACAAAAUAUAUUUUUGAUUUUUGCUUAAAUCAAUUUUUUAUAUAAAUUUUGUGUUUAUUUGCUUUUUUUUUCAAAUAAAUGGGAAAAAAUAUGCACAUAUUUUUGUAAAAAGGACACUUUUUACUCUAUUGUUUUUCCUGCACCGGUUUACUAAUAUAUAGACUCUCUUGUACUUCAAUCAUCCCCGUCCACCUCCCAGAUCCACAUCUCCCACUCCUGAGCUCCU